GGGAGGAAGUGGAGAGAUACUCAUCAUUGAGGAGCUGAAAGGUGGAUGGUAUAUAACACAAGGAGACGCAAGCAUCGGAUCAAGAAAGAAGACUCAGAGACAAUCUGCAAGAUACACGAUAACCAACUGGAAACAGGACAGAAGUUUCCGGAACAAACCGGCUCAACAGAGAGAUAAUCCAGCAUGCGUGCUCUGGGGGUUUUGCCUCUGCUGUUGUGUGCAUGGUGUGUGUGGUCCAGGUGAGAUCCGAGGUGAAGGCGGUGGAAGCUGUGCGGGCGAGAGUUCCUGAGGGCUGUCGUUUACACCUGCGGGGAUCCCGUUGGAGGAGAUUCCUCAGUGAGACAGACAUGGACGGUCCGCCCGCAGGGGAUCAGAGCAGUCUGGAGAGUAGCAAGCCGGGCUCCGAGCUGAGCAGACGAGAUAUUAACAACAUACUGACCACCGUGUGCUGCCAGGUGGGCUGCAGGAAGAGCGACCUCGCCUUCCUCUGCUGAGGACAAUCCCCCCACAUCUUCUUCUCUCUACAAAAUGACUCUGCUCUCUCCCAUCUCGACUUAGUGGAGACAGAAUCUGAAUCAAAAUGCUGAUGUCUUAAAAUCAUAUGAUCACUGUAUGUACAGUGAUGCUCAAGCCCACAUUGUCUCUAAUUGCUUUUGACAUUGAUAUUCUUUUUUGUUAUUACUUUAACUUGGUUUGUAGAUUUGAAUGUGUGGACCACAUCUGUGAACUUGUUUAGGACAUCUGUCCAGAUGUCUGAGCCUGGGUUUGUGUCCUGUAUGUAGCCAGAAUCCACAAGUUUGCAGGUUUAUAAAAAGUCCUUCUUUACAUUCAUGUAUUUUUAUUCCAUCAUUUUGCUAUUUUGUGUCAAAUAAAUGUUCUUGCACAGGCCUUA